GUCUUAUUUGUGUUGGGAGGACCGGGUGCCGGCAAGGGUACCCAAAGUGAGCUCCUCCAAGAGCAUUAUCCCAUACUUCACCUAUCCGCUGGAGAAUUGCUCAGACAGGAAGUGAAAAAGGUAGAUUCCCCCCACGCCGCUCUCAUCGAGUCAUGUUUGGUAGCUGGUCAGAUUGUACCGGUGGAGAUUUCUCUGCAGCUCUUGCAGAAUGCCAUGCGCCAGGCGAAGGGUUCCCAGCUACUGUUUCUAGUGGAUGGUUUCCCGCGGAACGAGGACAAUUUGUCGGGGUGGUGCCGUCUUAUGAAGAACGUGGCCAUGCUGUGGUCCGUACUGGUCUACCAGUGUCCGUUGGAUGUAUUGGAAGCACGUAUUUUGGAACGAGCCAAGAUCUCGGGACGAUCAGAUGACAACUUGGAAUCGGUUCAAAAGCGGUUUCGAACAUUCGAGAAAGAUACCGUUCCCGUUAUUGACAAUUUGCGUCAGGUUUCCUCACAAAAUAAGAUGCCACAGUGGUCGGUAGAGGACAUUCGCGGAGAUCAAGAUUUGGAGGCAGUGUGGCAGGAGUCGCAAAAAAUCUUGAAUGAACUU